ACACACACAGAGCCGAGCAGAGAGGACCACAACAGACAGGAUGAAGCUCUACUUUCACUCUACAAAAUCCUCCAAUGCAGCAUCUUCCCACAGAGAUUUAAUUUGGCUCUCUGAAAUGAAAAAAUGAGCACCCGACCCCCCCUGAUGUAUAGACAGCUUUGAACCAGGGCGGGUGGUGGUCAGGGUUUUUUCAGAGAGCCAGAGCCAGAGUCCGAAGGGCUUCAUCAGGGUUGUCUGCGGUAGUCAGUCAUUGGAAAGGGCCAAACGGAGGAGCCAGUCAGGGAUCUCAGGAUGUGGUCAUGGAAGAUGGGUCGUUCCACAUGGCCGCCACGUCUCUGAACCUGGAGGACGAUGAUGGGACAUUAGGCACAUAUGCUGCUGGUGAUGAAAGGUGCCAAGAAAUGCAGCAAUGCACCAGCAAAGGCAGACAAGAAGAACACUGCUCUCUAUCAAAAUAUCGGCUUUUCGACUUUAAGAUUACAGACAGCAGAAUGCAGUUUGUUGCCCCCCUCCUCUGCAGAUCAUCUGAUUACUUCCCCCAGUCUGACCUGCUGACCUCCUGCUCUCCCACCUGUGUUACAUGGAUUUUGAUUGUUUUGUUUUCUGGCCCACACUAAGGAUGGGCAUGGAGGACCGCUGAAAGGGAACACCAGAUCCUUUCUCUGCCUCUGUUCUCAUCAAUUAUUAGCAUCACCACACAUAUCUGUUUGACACACUGGAUGAUGGCCUCUGGCGCCCCUGAGAUCGUCACUGCUCUCUCAGUGGAGUUGGGAAGCAUGUCACCUGCGACCUGGACCUGAGCUCCUGUGGACUGGAGGUGAAACGGGGAACACAUUCAGCUGUGCCAGCAGCCCCAGUGAACGUAUCGGUGACCCAGCUGAGGGCGCAUUCGGCCAUGGUGACCUGGAACGUCCCUCAGGGAGACACUGUCAUUGGAUACGCCAUCUCACAGCAGAGGCAGGACGGCCUGAUGCAGCGCUCCAUCCGUGAGGUGAACACAUCAAGCCGCUGGUGUGUGCUGUGGGACCUGGAUGAGGACACGCACUACAGUGUCCAGGUGCAGUCCGUCGGGCCGCAUGGAGACAGCCAGCCCAGCCGCGCCGUCCACUUCAGGACUCUGGAGAGAAGCGACCAUUAUCCUGCUGGAGUCCUCGACCACCAUGAACCGGCUAUGGAAGGUCUGGGCAUGACUCCGCAUCUGCAGACAGGAGAGCUGCUCAUUAUCACCACUGUGCUGCUGCUGUGGGCAGCCGUCAUUGCCCUCUUCUGCCGACAGUACGACAUCAUCAAGGACAACGACUCCAACGGUGCCAAGGACAAGACAAAGAGGCCGCUGGUCCGCGCCACUUCCUCUUACUACAACGCUUCUGCCCACAGCUCACCCAUCUACCACAACGGAGCCGUACGCAGCAGCAGGCUCCACAGAGCCUCCUCGUCCAUCAGCAUCAUUAGAGUUUGAAGGACGUCAGGGUUUUUUUUUUGGUUUUUUUUGGAGACUCAGCAGGAAACUUGCAGCACAGGACGAAUGGAGCCGACACGCCUUGAUUCACCACAGCGGGAUUAUCAUGACAAAUGGAGAAUAUCAUAUACAGACCUGGCUGAGGGUCUUAAUUUAUUGUAAAAUAUGGACAAAGUAAGAGGCACUCCAUGCAGAUGUGGAGGAAAUGGAGGACUACUGCUCUCUAGUGGAAGAAGACUGAAACAUCAUGGAGACAGAUGUGCACCGGCCCUCUAGUGGCGUCAUACCAUUGCAGCUUUUUAGAGCCUUAAUUGAGCUGACAUGAACUCAGAAGAGUCUAGAGCAAGAAGCCACAUUUUUGAACUGCAAACCAAACUCAUUUCUCCACCCCCCCAAAAAACAAAAAACAAAAAAAAAACAUGUUCUCUGAUGUCAAUGACUAAAUGUGAAUAUUUGCCAGCAUGUCGGCCACUUCAGAUUUAACUGUCAUUUCAACAGGUCUGUGUUUGACACAUGCAACAAGAUGAGACGUUAGCUUUUUAUGAGUCACCUUUUAGUUAAACAUAAGAAUGGAAGAGUGUGUGUUGUGGCCUGUGUGUGUGUGUGUGUGUGUGUGUGUGUGUGUGCAUUUAAUUACAUUCAAAGCAUCUAAAAUUAACUCCUAAUUGCAAUUCAUUUGUACUCAACUGUAUGUUUCCUCUUAUAAAUAAUUAGAUAAGCCGUAUUAACAUCAGGAUGAGUGUAUUAUAUGUAAAUGGACUAUGUAUAUAAACUGAAGGUGGAAAAA